UACAUCAUAAUUAAUUAUCUACAAAAACAUGCAAUGAAAUUGCAGAAUGUACGUACCUAGCUAGUACCUGGACUGCUAUAAAACUAUAAGUAGUAGACCUUUCAUAUUUUUUAACUCAAUACUCAAUAUUUGCUCACCUGAAUCGAAAUCACAGACAGUAUGGGAGGAGGAGACAAGAACAAAGAGGACCCAAUGGCCAUCCCAGACUCUUCUCUGAUUCUGGAGACUCUCAGUGAGUACCUGAAGAUCCCCGUUAGCUCAUCAGAGGUCACGGUAAUGGCCAAGGUGACCGCCCUUGCUCAACCCAACGAGGAUCGAAGGGCACCUGUUACCAUCUGUGCAGCCAUUGAUAGGAGUGGCAGCAUGAAAGACCACCUUCCACUGUUGAAGGAGGCACUACAGUUCAUGACACAGCAGUUGAGGGGAGAGGACAAGCUCUGUCUGGUCUCCUUUGACCAUGAGGUUCGUAUAGAACUUCCCCUGACAACCAUGGAUGCCUCAGGCAAACAGUUGGCUGAGAAGGCCAUUUCGUCCCUCAAGGAAAGAGGACACACCAACCUCAGUGGAGGUUUACUCGCUGCUCUGGAGACCCUGUACCGGAUCUCGGCUGCUAAUGCCUCACUGGUGGAGUCAGUACUGCUGUUCACUGAUGGCAAGGCCAAUGUGGGGAUCAAGGACUCAAAGGCUCUCGUCAAAGCUACAAAAUCCCUGUUGGGCCAAAUCAAUCGCCAAGCCUGUGUGUUCACAUUUGGUUUCGGCUCUGAGCAUGAUGCAGACGCUCUCCACAAUAUAGCAGAGGCUGGCAAUGGACUCUUCUAUUACAUUGACAACAGUGACAGCAUCCCGGAGAGUUUCUGCGACUGCCUGGGGGGACUGCUCAGCGUGGCAGCACAGAAUGUGAGGCUGACCUUCAAGGCUGUCGGGGACUGUCAAAUCACCAAGCCACUCACCACCUUCAAGACUGAAGUAAAGGAGCCCAACAAAGUGUACGAAGUGAGCAUCCCAGAUAUCUACUGUGAAGAGGAGAAGUGUAUCUUGGCUAAAGUGACGGUAGUUGCCGACCCUAACGUCACGGAGGCUCUCACCGUUUCCAUGGUUACGUGUCAUGUGGAGUUCUUUGAUGUGAUGAAUUGCAAGCCCAACACAUGUGACUUUGAGUGUACAGUUGUGAGGAACAUCACCGUCUCCAAGCCAGUACACUCCGAUUACUAUGACGAUAUAGAGCUACACAAACUGAGAUGUGAAGUUGCAGAGAAGCUGGAGUCCGCCUCAAACCUUGCCACAAAAGGGGACAUUCCCGGAGCUAGGGACCUCCUGACCAAUCUGAGGGGGAGGAUACGAGAGAGUGUGGUGUUCCGGAGGCCACUGGGGGUGCAUCUUGUGGAGACUGUUGACGAGUCAUUGGGUGGCCUGCAAGAUAAGAUCACCUACCACAGGCAUGGAAAGGCUGUGAUGAAGAACUAUAUUGGCUCUCAUUGGCAACAGAGGUCUGCUAUGAAACCAACCAUUGAUGGCUACAUAAGGAGUCAGACCUCGCAACCAUACAGCUUGUCGAACCCCCCACCCCCACCUCCAAUGAGUGGGGCCAGCCUUCUAGCUCCACCCACUUCCAGUGCGUCUGCCUAUGACACCUUUUCUCCGUAUUGUACUGCCAGCAAGACGAGAAUGGUCAAUCGGAAGAAGGGAAUUUUUUAACUUUCUGCCAAUAAAUAUUAAUGUGUUUUUAUUCCAUCCUUUAUUUUUGUGUUGAUGAAUGGUUCCGACUGUCCUAAUUGUUGUUGUUGGCUGGAUUUAUAUUGUACAAAAGCUA